GAGGCGGAGACGGCAGUCUUAGCCUCGGGGGAGCCUGCGCUGGUGACUUUGGCGGAGCUUCGCGCCCUUCAGUACGAGGGGGGCCGGCACGCCUUCUUCGCCAAGCGGGGGGAGCCCGAAGAGCACUUCGUCCACUUCGGCUCCAUUAGCCACUGCUGGGAGUCCAUGGAGCACCCGGAUCCCUGGGGCUACCAGCUGGAGGAGGCCGUGGGCCGCUUCCGCGAGAAAGAGGGCGAUCGCUCCAAGGUCUGGCUGUUUAUCGACUACGUGUCGCUUUAUCAAUACAAGCGCGAUGAAGUCCAGCAGAUGAAUUUCAAGCGAGCGCUGGAGGCCAUGCAUAUUGUCUACGCCCACGAGGUAGUCCGAGUAGAGAUCCUCAGCAAGCUGACGCCGGCAGAGAGGAAGGCCGAGGUGGAGCGGGUGCGGCCCAAGAUCAGCGUCUACAAAGACAGCCACCAAGGUGUGGUGGAGGUACCCAUGUCGGAGCUCACUGCAAACAAUGUGCCCUACUCCGAGCGUGGGUGGUGCCAAGCAGAGAAGGAGUGGGCGAAUCUUCGGGAGACUUUUGCUGGGGACGUGCCUCUGCCCCCCGUGCUCUUUUCAAGCCAGAUGGACAUGCUCAAGUUUACCCACAGGGACGACUCAGACUUGGUGAAGAAGUUGCAGGAGGAGGUCUUCCUGAUCAAGGUCACGGCCACCACGAAGUUGAACCUGAAGCUGUCGAAGCAGGAGGUCCCCAUCCUCUGUCAGGCCCUGAAGAGCUACACCAACUUGGAAAUGGUCAUCGUGCGCGACACGCCCCUGGGCUGUGAAGGAGCCGUCGCCGUCUUGCAGACCGGCGCGCGGCACAUCUUCUUGGAUGCCUGCGACCUGGGCGACGACGAGGCUUGCGCCAUUGCCGACGUCCUUCGGCAGCUGCCCAGCGUGGAGAACCUCACACUGCGCAACACGCAGAUCACACGCGAGGGCUUCAAGGAGCUCGAGGAGGCUUCCAAGGUCUUCAACUCCGUGUCCUUGGACGUCCACACCCUCCAG